GUCUCACGUGACGAGUGAGAUCUUAAUGCGGCGGUUCACAUGACCAGACAUGGUUUAUGAUUCAGACAAAGAUCCUUUGACCGACAUUAACGCGUUUCCUCCGCGGGAUUUGCUCUACGAAUGCUGGGGUACUCGUGUUCCAUCAUUUUCAUUCUUCACAGGAACAUAAACAACAACGCGGAGGGUGAGUGACGACACAGCGCCUCUGCUUCAGCGAACGCUCGGUCACGUCAGUCAAGUGCAAGUUAGUUCUGCGCAGCACCGACACACGAGCUGCGCUUGUAGCUGUGACACAACCACAACAACACACAACCACAACAACAACAGCAUCAGCAUCAGCUGUUUUCUACUUGAAGGAUUUACAAAGCGUGAAAAGAUGAAAGUGUGUCACGCGCUGCUUGCGUUCACUUUCGCCUGCGUUUCUCUUCCAGGUGAUAUCCAGGCUCUUACUUUUGAGGUCAAGGAGGAAAACUCCACCUGUAUUAAAGCUGAGCUUUCUGUUUCCUUCUCCAUCACUUACAACACGUCCAGCAGCACGAGAACAGUGCAGCUUCCUCUGCCGGACUCUUCCACAGUUGACAUCGGCAGAAGCACAUGCGGCUCAGACAGCAGCCCAGCGCGGUUGGCGGUGCUGUUUGGACCAGGCCACGCUCUCGGCCUGAGCUUUACAACCAACUUGAGUGUGUACAGCGUCGCUAACCUGACGCUGCAGUACAACCUGAGUGACGCUGUCUCCUUCCCUGAUGCAAACAGCCCUGUCGUGGUGUUUGAGUUCACCACUUCAGUUGGGAUGUGGGCGUCGACCAACACCACCUAUCGCUGUGUGAGUCCCACUGCUGUUAGAGUGGGCGGAGACACUGUCACCUUCUCUGAUGUGAGGCUCGAGGCCUACAUGCCAGGAAAUGACCUGAGUCCAACAGUGGAGGAGUGUCAGAUGGACCAAGACCACAUGCUCAUUCCCAUCAUUGUCGGCGCGGCUCUUGCUGGUCUGGUGCUGAUUGUGCUCAUUGCGUAUCUAAUGGGCAGGAAGAGGACUCAUGCUGGAUAUCAGACCAUCUAAAUAAACCUUCCAUUCCUUUUGCACCUGA